AUGGGAGUUAAUCAUUCAAGCAAAAAACCCAGUGGAUUUCGCCUCCUUAACCCACCAUGGAUGCGACCUGGCAGAAAGUCCAAGAAAAAGCAGAUCACCAAGGAGGAGUAUCUUGCUGAUGAUGCUACUGAGAAGGGUACUCAGAAGCAUCAAAAAGCUAAGAAGGAAAAAUCAGCAAUGUCCACUAUUCAAGAGGAAGUGGAGGACUUGGAUGAAGUUCCACUUAUCAGGAAAAGGAAAAGGAGUGCUCAAGAAACAGCAGAACAACUUGCUUCUGAACGAGCUGCUUCUGAACAAGUUGAUUCUGAAAAACCUCUAAGUCCUAAGAAGACAAGAGAAGCUGCUCUUCAAACCAUCAGAAACAAGAGAACAAGAGAUCUAAAAACUGCUGAAGGUAGCAAAGAAGAUCAAGCUGAACAGCCAGAAGAAGAGCCAUGUGCUAAAAAGGCUAAGAAUAAGCCUAGUGUUAUGCCAAUGUAUGUUCCUACAGCAGAACAAUGGCUAUAUGCUAGGAAUUAUACUAGAACUGGGAUGGCUAAGAUGAAGGAGCUGAGACAGCAGAAGAAAAGAGAGGAACAACUUAAGGCUGCAGGGUAUAAGCUAGCUCCUGAGAAGGCUGCUGAGUUUGCUGCAUUGGCUGCUGAGGUUGAAAAGGAAACUGUUCAGGAGGGAGUGAAACUGCUUUCUCAAGCUUUGAAAGACAAGCAAGCUUCAGAAGCUACUUCUUCAGAACCAGCUUCUAAAGCUUCAGAAGCAGCUCUUCCAGAAGCUCACUCUUCAGGUACAUCACUAAAAACUGACAUCAGUACUCAGAUUCCUGACCUUCCUUCUUCACUCUCAUCAUCAUCCACUGAAUCAGAUGACCAACCCCUUAGUCAACACAUAGAAAAACUUCUAAAUAUCAAACCCACAAAACUAACAGAGUUUGGAACUUUUGACUAUGAGCAAACACAAAUUGAAUUUUCUAAGAACAGAAUUAAACUCUGUGAGAAAUUCAAUUUGCCUGCUUCUCAUCCUUUGUAUCCAGUCAUUCCAUAA